GUUGUGAUCUAGCUCAUCCAGACAAUAAGCUAGUGUCGGGCAAGCACUGCUACAUCAACAGAGAUGAGAAUGGCAGAGUUUGGCUAUACGAUACAAGCACCAAUGGAACUCUCUUGAACUUAUCUAUCAAAUUAACAAAAGGAGAGUGCAGGGAGCUGCGACAUGGUGAUGAGAUACACAUUGUGCAUAAGAAGGUGGAUACCAGAGAGGAUAUUGGCUAUAUGUUCCAAGAUAUGGAAGCACUUCGGGCGGAGGCCAGCUCAGACUCUGAAGACUCUCAAGAGUGUACUCAGCUGAUGGAUGUGUUUGAUGGCACAAUAUCAGAUGAGAAUGUCAACACAGUCACGACACCAAGUCCUCUCAGGAAAAGAAAAUCUAUGGAGAUAUCACCUGUUGUCAGUAAAAAAAUUAAAGCGGAUUCACAUCCUAAUGCAGCAGGUUUCUGUACACAAACAGCAGGAAAACCUCGGACACCUCAAGAACCAGAAGAAGAUGCAAUUGCUGAAACCCUUGUCUGUACAAUAUGUCAGGAGCUGUUGCAUGAUUGUAUCAGUCUGCAACCAUGUAUGCAUUCCUUCUGUGCUGGGUGCUAUUCUGAAUGGAUGGAAAGAUCCCAGGAGUGUCCUUCGUGUCGGCUGAAGGUGACUCGUAUUAGCAAAAAUCACAUCGUCAACAACCUAGUGGAGGCCUACCUGAAGGGCAAACCUGACAAGAAGCGACUAGAAGCAGACAUAAAAGAGCUUGACAGCAAGAACAAAAUAACAAGAGAUAUGCUGUAUCCAGUGCAGAAACCUGGAGGAGAUUCCAACAGUGGCUCAUUCAGUGAGAGCUACACAGACAGUGAUGAUGAUGCCGAUGAUUCAUAUACUAUUGGUGCUGCUGCUGCUCCAGCCUUUGCCAAUAACUUCAACAACUUCAAUGCGGGAGGGUUAUUGUUUGGUAUAGGCACACCUUUCUAUGGCACUGCAGCACUGAGACCAGCACAAGCAGUGUGUAGACAGUGCAGGAGCUAUGCAGGCAGACAAAACACCAUGUUGGCAGGAGCU